AUGGUGACGGAAGGAAACUACACUUUUGGUGAGGCCCUGGAAGAGAUGGCCAGGAUUAGCUGCACUGCAGAUAACCUUAGGGAUAGAUAUGCAUCUUGGUACCAGCAGAAGCCAGGCCAGGCCCCUGUGCUGGUCAUCUAUAGGGAUAACAUCCAGUCCUUGGGGAUCCCUGAUUGAUUCUCAGGCUCCAACUCGGGGAACACAGCCACCUUGACCAUUAGCGGGGCCUGGGCUGAGGACGAGGCUGACUACAACUGUGCCAUCUCCUAUGGCACAUUUCAGUUUGGGAGUUGGGGCAGUGGGACCCAGCUCAUUGUCCUAGGUCAGCCCAAGUCCGCGCCUUUGAUCAUUCUGUUCCCGCCCUCCUCUGAGGAGCUCAGAACCAACAAAGCCACACUGGUGUGUCUCAUCAGUGACUUCUACCCCAGCAACAUGACGGUGGCCUGGAAAGCGAACGGCAGCCCCGUCACCCAGGGCGUGGAGACCACCAAGCCCUCGAAACAGAGCAACAACAAGUACGCGGCCAGCAGCUACCUGAGCCUGACGCCUGAAAGCUGGAAAUCUAGGAGCAGCUACAGCUGCCAGGUCACGCACGAGGGGAGCACCGUGGAGAAGACUCUGAGCCCCUCACAGUGUUCUUAGGACCCACCGCCCCCACCACAGAGGGGCUGGAGCAGAAGGACACCCAGGAGGAUCCCACUCCCAACCCCCUCGGCCUCAUCCCUGCACCCCCACAGCUCUCAAUAAAAUGUGCUAUUGUCAAUCAGA